AUGGAUCCAGUACCGGGUGUUAGUAAAGCUUAUGCCAUGAUUCUCAGAGUUGAGAAAGAGAAAGAAGAGCCGCCAAAUACAUCUCAAAUCAUGGCAAUGCAGGUGUAUAAAAGGCCAGAAUUUCAGAAAAAGAAAUCAUUUGCAGAUAAAAGAAACCAAGUCUGCAAACAAUGUGGCAAAUCAGGCCAUUUAAAGGAAGUUUGUUUCGAAAUAUAUGGUUAUCCGGACUGGUAUAAGACGUUGGUUGAUCAAAGAAAGAAGUCAGGAACUAUGAACAAUAAAUUGACAGCAGCUGCACAAAUUGAAGAGAAUGUGCACAGUGUGGUAGAUGAGAAAUCAAUGAGUGAACUCAUAAGGACGGAACUACAGAAAUAUUUUGGAGCUUCAGAAGCACAAACAUCAAGCUCUGCCAACUUGAAUGAUAUUGAAUUCUCAGGUAAAAUCUCUGAAAAUUCUGUUUUGAAUAAUUUGGAUUCUCAUAUGUGGAUUUUGGAUAGUGGAGCAACAGCUCAUAUGUGCAACAACUCUGAUUUGUUUGAUAAACCCAAACUUAAAAUGUCUGAUGCAUGUAUACAUUUAGCAGAUGGUACUAGACACUCUAUAAAGGGCUCAGGGACUGACCACAAGACUAAAGAAGUUCUUGGAGUAGCAAGCAUGUUAGGAAAACUAUAUGUUCUCAAGAAACACUCCUUUGAGAAGAGAUACAUAGAUGCUGUUAUCAAAACCUGUCAAGAAACAGCCCUUAGUGUUCAUGAUGUUUCAUCACAAAUAUGGCAUAAUAGACUAGGACAUAUUUCAUUCAAU